AUGGCAUAUCAGCUGAACAGCUUCAGACUGUUUCUGCUCAUCUUUACAACAUUUUGCAGCAUUCACCUGCAAGACAACAGACGCUCACUACAACAUCAUCAGAAGUCAUGGCUUGUGAACUAGGACAAGGAGACGGCCUUCCUCCAUCAGGCACUGUAGCCUUUACAGCAAGGCUGAAAGUCGACGAGAGCUAUCCAAAACACGCUGGAGUCCUGAAGUUUACCACUGUGCUGGUCAACGAGGGAGAAGGUUACAGUCCUGGCACAGGCAUCUUCUCCUGUCCUGUGGAUGGCUUCUAUUACUUCAUCGUGCAUGUGUCUGUGUAUGGGUGUGGGCAGUGUGAAAUAUUAAAAAAUGGGGAGAAAGUAGUGAGUCUGUAUGACGAGAAUCUCUCUGAUAAGCGUAGCCAAGUGGCCAGUAUCAGCACUGUGAUCAAACUGUCAAAACACGACGAGGUCUGGGUGAAGCUCUGGGGGCCUGGCAGAAAUGAUAUCUUUGCAUCUAAAGAUAAUGACACUGUCUUUACUGGGUUUCGUUUGGGUUAAUGACAUUAAUGUCAAAAAAGUUCUUGGAGGGGUUUUUCCCCCCAUAAUGAGCCAGUACUACUUCAGUGUAUUCUUAUUAAGUGAAGUUUGUUGCAAAUGACACUGUAUUGUGCUUUUACAUCAAUAACUUCAAAGUUUUACUGAAGUAAACUGUUGUGUAUGACCAAUAAUAAUGUAAUGCUGUAUGGCUUUACUCUAAAUAAAAAUAAAUA